CUCGGUCGCCACUGCCAGCGAUAGGUGGUCCUUCAUGAGCCCUCGGGAACCCUAACCCUUCGUGCCGUCCCACCAUCGACAGCCAGGUUCGCGAUGGAUAACGGGGGUGUCGACGGCGCAACGGCGGCGGGGCGAUGGCGCUUCGGUCCCAACGCGUCGCUGGCGAGCGUCUCCGCCUCCAGCAUCCGCGCGGUCCUCGAUAAGGUCAUCGCCAAUAUCCGGGACGACGGCCCCCGACCGGUGCUCCCUCUCGGCCACGGCGACCCCUCCGCCUUCCCGUGCUUCCGCACCACCGCCGUGGCCGAGGACGCCAUUGUCGCCGCCGUCCGAUCCGCCAACUUCAACUGCUAUGCCCCCAACGUCGGGGUUCCUCCCGCUCGACGCGCUAUCGCGGAGUACCUUUCACGUGACCUCCCUUAUAAGCUGUCGACCGAUGACAUCUUCCUCACCGCGGGCUGCAGCCAGGCAAUCGAGAUAGCACUUUCUGUACUUGCCCGUCCGGGUGCGAACAUACUGCUGCCUAGACCUGGAUUCCCAUUUUACGAGGCUCGAGCUGGCGUUAAUGGUCUAGAGGUUCGCCAUUUUGACCUACUCCCAGAGAAGGGCUGGGAGAUUGAUCUCAAAGCUGUGGAAGCUCUGGCAGAUGAGAACACUGUCGCUAUGGUGGUCAUCAACCCUGGUAACCCCUGUGGGAAUGUUUUCACCUAUCAGCACUUGGCAGAGGUAGCCAACACUGCAAAGAGACUUGGCAUAAUGGUCAUUGCAGAUGAAGUGUAUGACCAUUUGGUUUUUGGGAGUAACCCUUUUGUGCCAAUGGGUGUUUUUGGGUCCACUGUUCCUGUCCUUACCUUGGGGUCUAUAUCAAAGAGAUGGGUGGUGCCUGGUUGGCGUCUUGGGUGGAUUGUGACAAGUGACCCAAAUGGUGUUUUCAAAGAAACUAAGAUUGUUGACAGUCUCACAAUCAUGCUGAAUAUCACAACAGAUCCUGCAACCUUUAUUCAGGGAGCUAUUCCUCAAAUCCUUGAGAACACCAAGGAUGAUUUCUUUGAGCAAACCAUUAAUUUGCUGAGGAAAACAGCAGACAUAUGUUAUGACAAAAUAAAGGAGAUUGAUUGCAUUACAUGCCCUCGUAAACCAGAGGGUUCUAUGUUUGUAAUGGCAAAGCUGAAUUUGUCUCACUUGGAAGGCAUCCAUGAUGAUAUUGAUUUCUGUAGUAAGCUAGCCAAAGAGGAGUCUGUUAUAAUACUGCCAGGGGUAACAGUGGGGAUGAAAAAUUGGCUCCGAGUAACAUUUGCGAUGGACCCUUCUUCUCUCGAAGAAGGUCUUGGUAGGCUCAAAUCCUUCUGCCACCGGCACACGAAGAACAGCACAUAAGCAGGGACCAGUAAGUAGUCUACUGGGUUGGUGAUCAACAACUCAACUCCACAAAAUAAUUGUAGUUGCAUAUGGUGAUCAGAAAAACAAGCAAGCAGAGAUAUCUUAGUAGGCUUGCAAGAUAUGAUGUUCAGCAACCCAUUGUUGAAACUGCCUUGUACAUCCUACUUGCAGAUUUAUGUGAGGUUAUUAUUAUGUCAUGAAUUUGGUAUCUUUCUAAAUACAAUAAACUCCAGAGUUCAUAUUUUUU